AUGUCUUCCCCGACCUCUGCCACCGCAGAGACCGCCCGACCUAGCGUUGGUAGCAUCCCGAGGCCCCAGGCUCGCUCGGCGGGUAUGGCAGAACGGCCGGGGCGAAACGAGAACUUGUCAGAUCUGGUUCGCUUCUUUCAAACCCAGAAUAUGCCCGCCCCGCCUGUGGUUACGAGUCCAGACAGUACAACUGCACUUCCAGUCGUUCACUCCCCACCAAGGGAAUCCCUUGAAAGUAUGGAUAAGGUGGAAAAUGUGGAGAAAGAGCAAUCGAAGCCCCUGCAUCGCCGUCUACUACAGUUUACCCAACGCCAGAAGAAGGAACCGUCGGCGUUGCCCAAGGCUAAGCAGGACGAGCAACAGAAACAGAUCGAGGCCCUCAUGAGGGAAGGCUAUCUCUUUUCGAGCUCUUCAAAACCUGCUCCGAGCUCCAAGUCGACAAGGUCGACGAGGUCGACGAGGUCAAAGAACAGCAUCGACUAUAAAAGCAGUAUCGAUCGUGCUUCGAUAUCGAGUUCUAAGAGGCACGAUGUCGAAACAAUUGGCCAACCAUGGUUAGAAAAAGAGAACCAGGGCGAUAGUCCGAAGAUUCCCAGCGAGAACAAACGUCACCUGGUCUCCUUGGACCUGGGAGACUUCGGUUCCAUGGUUGAUGUUGCCGUCUCUCUGACAUCGACGGACGAUUUCUCACCAUCUCCUUACCGGCCAUCACAAAGCAACCAACACUCUGCUUCCCAAUCGACUUCAACUCUGCCACUACCAAGCUCCAUGUCUGAUAGUCGCCCACAGAAUGCGCACAGAGCGUCUUCCUCGAUCGCCUCUACCGUCGACACUCAGGGUAGUGGGUCAGGAGAUGGCUUCACUCACCGGCUCUCCAGCUCUACAAAUUCGAGCACUCGAGUUGUGGAUCGCGGUGUCACAUCCUCAUCUCUGGCUCCCAGUAAUGCUGCCGCGAGCAUACAUACCAUCGCGUCGUCAGAUCAGUCUAUGAGUAGCGAGCCGAAGCACGAACAAGACCCAGCUAAAUCCACAGACCGUGUUCCUUCAAAUCCGCCUAGCUUGAAACUGUUUCCCGACGUCAGUCCACGGGUCUCCAGCAAGAACGCCCGGAGGCUGUCGGCAGUGCCUCGAUAUCAAAGUCCCAUUGGCAAACCUUUGGGUGCCAAAGAUGAACAGGCUGAGACUCCAAUUACUGUUCGGCCUGCGAAUAAGGAACAUUCAUCUGAAAGUCCUUUGCCGGAUUCUGCCAAUAAUGAGACGAAAACUGUCUGUUCUGGCACUUUGGAGCCUUCGAAUGAGUCAACUAUAACAUCAAAAGCCGAAGUUCCAACACCCGCGCCAGCUACUCAAAGCAAGGUCAAGCCUCGGCCACAAUCGUUGACACUGGGAGCCCUUCAAGCCUUCCCUCUUCCGGCACCUACUAGGCCUUUGCCAUCAAUUCCUGAUGCCAAAUGUGCCCCCAGCACCCAUCUGGAUGUCAAAACAAAGUCGUCCCUUCGGGUAAUGCGAUCGGGAUCAGGGCUCCGCAUUAUGGACUUGCAGCCAUCGCAGCCUUCGCCUAUUGCCGAGGACCCGCAAGAGCCUGAAGCUCGCCCUGCGACUGUGCUCGGAUGUGUUGGUGAAGGAGACGCAGCAGAUGAGCAUGAGAGCUUACACUCGCGCACAUCUCAAGAGCGUUCCAAGUCCACAGGGCCGGAAGAGCCCACCUCGAGGCGUCGAUCAUCUAGUGUCCGCGGCCCUCGCAUGCAGGAUCUUCAAGAAAGCCCGAUAGAACGCGAGGGUGACCGGAGAAUUUCAGAGGGAGAACCUAUCGCAGACUCUCCUGUUCUGGGACGACAAUUCACCCCCACAGAGCCUCAUGGAAAGCGUCAUCCUCGUAAGGAUCUGCAUAUCAACUCCCAUAUCGACCGAAAGAACCUCCCCUUCGGUCUCCCUUCUCCUCCCCCGACUGCAUCCCUUCCAACGGAUCCUCCUCAUGUGCCUAUUGAGCGCUCUGUGCGGCAUCGCAACUAUACCGCUCCGUCGGGAGUUCAGGUGCCAUCUGUAAGAAAACUGGAUCAUCAUCGCGCCUCGAUCAUCUCCCGCAGCAAUAGCUCUCGAAGCAGUCUUCGCCAUGAGAGCAUUCCCGAAUCAUACGAACCCAACCACUGCGAGUCCCCUAUCGCUUCAUCAGACGACGAGGGCUUUAGUCCCCAAUCUCAAUCCAUGCGUGGUCGCCGUCCUGCCGAGAAACAUUCCAAACGUAAGGAUCCAGUCCGCCGUGGCUAUGAGACCCUUGACGCCCGCCCUAGCCAUGGUCGAUCUCACUACGCCCAUCAGUCUCGAACUUUAACGCCACAGGGUUGCAGCAACCAUAGUAUGGAAAAGCCUACAUCGCCCCAGUCCCAGUAUUCCCAAUCGACGCACCGCUCUCGAGAGUCUCAGAACAGCUAUCGUUCCGAACCGGCACGUGGCCCAGUUCCAAACUUCCUUGAGGAUCGCAUUCUCAACCUCGAGCGUCAAAACCAAGUCCUUCAGGCUGCUCUCAUGGCGGCACUCAAUGCUGGGAUUGUCAAAAGCCAGAAUCACAUGGACGGUAUGCCCGACGCUUCCAUGUCUCCCAUGUUCCCUUCCUCGAGUAUGGGAAAUCAUUACCAGCACCGACACAACUCUCGCCCAGAGAGCUGGGUCAGUUCGUCCCGCAGCAGUGAGCACAGUGGCUUCGAGACUUCAAGUUCAUUGCCAGACAGACGGGCCGAUGUCCGCCAGCUCGAUAACAUGAUCGAGGACAUCGAGUCCGGCUGGCUGUCAGACAAAUCAAGUCUCAGUGGACCUCACAUAGCUCGCCACCGCUGA